UAACACUAUAUAUAAGUUUCGUCUCUUUUCUGACCUACUUUUACACCUCUCGCUCAUUGCGAUCUGACUACAUAGGUAUAUUACUUGCUCGACAGCCAGAAGAUGCCCCACCUUCCUUCUCCCCGAAUAGCACCAGUCUCUGUUCGCAUUACGAUCAUUGGCGCUAGUAUCACUGGACUUGCAACAGCAUGUGUGUUGCGGAGGUCAGGACACAAGGUAUUAGUAGUAGAGAAAGGCGAUGGAACGUUCAGAAGCCCAGGCAUUAUUCCAUCCCCGCCGAAUAUGACUCGAGUCCUACAGCGAUGGGGCCUUCAAUCAUAUCUUGCGAAAUCAGGGAUGGUAGUCGACCAGUUCCGGUUUCUAGAAGGUCAGAGCGGUAAAACCAUUGGAGUAUUGAAACUCUACGAGGAGCUUUUGAAAGACCUCAUGGCAGAUUUCUUGCUAAUACAGCACGGAGACCUUAUAUCUACCUUCCAAGAUAUAGCACGUCGAGAAGGAGUCGAGAUUCGAUAUAACACACCCGUUGUGAAAGUCGAACGUGUUCCUCUUGCAGCCCUCUUGGAAAACGGAGAUAUUGUGUACUCCGACCUCAUCGUUGGUGCAGAUGGUCCGUUAAGGAGUAUCAGUCGAGAUGCCGUCCUACUACGCCAGAUUGAAGAAUUACCCACUCAACAUGUGUGUUUCUCGUUUUCCGUAUCAUUGAGCGACCUGCAAGCCGAUAAUGAAUUGGAAGGAAUGUGCGAACAACGCAAUUGGAAUAUGUGGCUCGGUGACGGAUUCGUGAUCUACGGGGCAUGCCAUAGGGAAAGAAACAGAUAUUUUCUUUGCAUCACCACUGAGAUGGACGGAGAUAUGACUGAAUAUCAGGGAAAUUGGACCAAACAAUAUCCCGUUGACCGCUUCGAUUUAAGAUUGGACCGCUUCGAUCCUCGUAUCCAGAAGCUCCUUCAAAUGGCGGGAGUCGUUAUUCCGACUUGUCAUGUAUUCAUCCCAGAGCCAGAAAACCUGAUAUGUGACCUCGACAAAGUAAUAUUGGCUGGCCAAUCUGCUCAUCCGACCAUGCCCGACGGAAUGCAUUCAACCGCAAUGUGCAUAGAGGACAUCGAUGCCCUUGACUAUCUCCUGACUCGUAUUAAACAUGUCGAUGAAAUUCCUCGUGUUCUUUCCGCUCAUGAAGAGCUUCGCAUGGAGCGAUGUACUCACGCCAGAGAUUGGGAAUUGAGAAAACUUCAAAUGUUCACUCUUAAUCACGGAGAGGAUCGGGAGCUGCGAGACGCGAAAAUCCGGUGUCUAUCUGAAUGCGAAGACAUGGAGGAAAAGGAAUACGCUUUCAAUGAUCUAUGGGGCGAGGAGGUGGACUUUUAUGCCUACGAUCCUAUAGAACAAGCUGACAACUGGUGGAGUAUGUAUGGGACGGUGAUCUCGCGACGGACUCAGAUUACAGGACCUUCAUAGUCCCGGGACCUCCAACUUUUUCCCACUCAAAUCAACAGUAGAAAUCCCAUCGCAUACAUAACAUAAGUACCCCAUCCGCAUAUUUAUUUGCAUUCACCGUAGUAGAUAUCUCAUUUUAUACAAGACGUCGUAGCUCAAUUCGCUAUCUGAACAAGCAAACGCCAGUGUGCCACUGGCAAUUUCCAGCUCC